CUUUAGUGUUCUUCUAGAAACAGAGAGUUAUUUUGCCUCAUCAUGUCUGGACGUGGAAAAACCGGAGGGAAAGCUCGCGCCAAGGCCAAGACCCGAAGCUCUAGAGCUGGCCUUCAGUUCCCCGUUGGUCGUGUUCACCGUCUACUGCGUAAAGGUAAUUACGCUGAGAGAGUGGGAGCUGGUGCUCCCGUUUACCUGGCUGCAGUUCUCGAGUAUCUCACCGCUGAGAUUCUUGAGUUGGCAGGAAACGCUGCCAGGGACAACAAGAAGACUCGUAUCAUCCCCCGUCAUCUUCAGCUUGCCGUUCGUAACGACGAGGAGUUGAACAAACUGCUCGGUGGUGUGACCAUCGCUCAGGGUGGUGUGCUGCCUAACAUCCAGGCCGUACUGCUCCCCAAGAAGACCGGGCAAGCUGCACCAAGCUCCGGGAAGGCGGGAAAGAAAGGAUCAUCGCAGUCCCAAGAAUAUUAAACCUUGCUGCACAAACUGAUCAGACAUAAAAACCCAAAGGCCCUUUUAAGGGCCACCCCAGCUUGUUUGUGAAAGAGCAAGUUCCAUUUGUUUUGUGUGGUGUUGCAAGUUCUCUUUGAUGUGAUUUUCUUCUUUUUUUUA